UCUAAACUAUUUCUAAGAUAUGAGUGUUUUAAAAAAUUUAACACAGGAUGUUUAGAACACGGGAUUAUGCUUAUGAGAGAGUGGCUCGGGAAUAGGCUUCGAAAUGGGUCGAAUGGGCUCCGAAAAUAGUUUAUUUUUUUUAAUUCAAACUCAAGUCCGGAUGACAUGGCAUCUUGAUUGGUUCACAUUAUUUUGCCCAUGUGGCAAGGCUUAGAAAGUAAAGAUUUAGUCCCUUUUAUAUAAUAGGAUAAUACAAAUCAUUAGAUUACAUGUUAUAGUCAAUUUAAUCUUCUAAAUUUAUCUUAUUUUUUCAAGGACUAGGAUAGUGAGAAAGCACAUGUUAUGAGAGUGUGUUUAGUUAAUAACGAGAUGGCAAAAGGACAAUUCAGUCAUUUACUAUACGUAUGAUCAAGUCCGCUUUGUUGUUACGUGAAGUGUUGGCUCCUAUAUAACCUCGUUCCUCUCCAGCUUGCUCUUUCCCAUAAAUCGGAUUAUCAAUCAAUACAUAAACACCUAAAAGAAAAAUAAAGAAGUAGGAGAGAGAUGGGAAACAGCUUAAGGUGUUGUAUAGCUUGUGUGCUUCCAUGUGGAGCACUAGACUUAAUCAGGAUCGUUCAUCUAAACGGCCACGUUCAGGAGAUCACACGGUCAAUAACCGCCGGAGAGAUUCUCCAAGCAAACCCAAACCAUGUCCUAAGCAAACCAUGUUCUCAAGGAGUUGUCCGCAAGAUCUUGAUCUUGUCCCCUGAAUCUGAGCUCAAGCGAGGAAGUAUCUAUUUUCUUAUUCCUGAUUCUUCUUUGCCGGAGAAGAAAAGGAGGAGAAAAGAUAGUCAUCGUCAGAGUAAGACUCUCAACAACAACCCUACCGUUGACGCCCCUAAAGAUGAUGAUCAAUCUGUGAAGUUGUGUACUGAGAAGUACUUAGAAGAAGUUGUGUCGUCGACGUCGACUAGUAAAGAACACCGUCAUCGCCGGCGACAUAGCAGAUCCGCGUCAGUUUCCACGUGGCAGCCUCACCUUGACAGCAUCUCUGAGGAUCUUAAUUAAUUCCUCUUCACUUUUCUUUUUCUUCUAGCUAAUGGUGUUUUUUGUCCGGAAGCCGGAUUUUUAUUUUCCUAGAGAUCAUUUUUAUUUUCUGUUUUGUUUUGUUUGGGGAAAAAAUCUCACGAAAUUAUAUAUUGUGGAUACAAUCUGUUUUAAAUGAUGUUGUAAUUUCAAGCCACUGAGUGAUUAUAUUUCAACCAUUAA